GAUAGAAAUCAAAAUCCUGUUGAAAUUGUGGCGAAUUCUCAAGACAAUGCAAAGAUGAUAGUUGCUGUGGAUAACAGAGAUGCUGGGCUUGUUAGCUCUCCUAAUAGAGGCACUGUGACCUUUGAAGGUGAUGCAGACUUUGAACCUUGUAAUGGCAUUGAGUUUGAAUCACACGAAGCAGCGUACUAUUUUUAUCAAGAAUAUGCCAAAUCUAUGGGGUUCACCACUUCAAUAAAAAACAGCCGGCGUUCCAAGAAGUCAAAAGAAUUUAUUGAUGCUAAAUUUGCAUGUUCUAGAUAUGGUGUCACACCAGAAUCAGACAGUGGUAGUGGUAGUAGUCGGCGUCCAAGUGUGAAAAAGACAGACUGUAAAGCCAGCAUGCAUGUGAAGCGAAGGCGAGAUGGAAAAUGGAUAAUUCAUGAGUUCGUUAAGGAACAUAAUCACGAACUUCUACCAGCUCUAGCAUAUCAUUUUCGGAUUCAUAGGAAUGUAAAGCUAGCUGAAAAGAAUAAUAUUGACAUUUUGCACGCAGUUAGUGAGCGGACUAGAAAGAUGUAUGUCGAGAUGUCUAGACAAUCAGGUGGAUAUCAAAAUGUUGGGUCUCUCAGAGCUGACAUGAAUUUUGAGUUUGAUAAGGGUCGGUACUUGGGUCUUGAUGAGGGAGAAGCUCAAGUUAUGCUCGAGUAUUUCAAGCAUAUCCGGAAGGAUAAUCCCAACUUCUUCUACGCAAUAGAUCUAAAUGAAGAGCAGCGUCUGAGAAACUUGUUUUGGAUUGAUGCUAAAAGUAGGAGCGACUAUGUCAGUUUUAAUGACGUUGUCUCAUUUGAUACCUCUUAUAUCAAAAUAAAUGAUAAAUUGCCAUUUGCUCCGUUUGUUGGGGUGAAUCAUCACUUUCAGUCCAUGUUGCUUGGCUGUGCAAUGGUUGCAGACGAGACUAAAUCAACAUUUGUUUGGUUAAUGAAGACAUGGCUUAGAGCAAUGCACGGGCAAGCUCCCAAAGUAAUUAUCACUGAUCAAGACAAAUCCCUCACAGCAGCCAUUGAAGAAGUCUUCCCAAAUACACGUCAUUGCUUUUCCCUGUGGCAUAUAUUGGAAAAGAUCCCUGACACUCUUGCCCAUGUAAUCAAGCAGCAUGAAAAUUUCUUGCCAAAGUUUCACAAAUGCAUUUUUAAGUCGUGGACAGAUGAACAGUUUGACAUGAGAUGGUGGAAAAUGGUCACUAGAUUUGAACUCCAUGAUGACGAAUGGUUUCGGUCAUUAUAUGAUGAUCGUAAAAAAUGGGUGCCUACUUAUAUGGGGGAUACUUUUUUGGGUGGAAUGUGCACAACUCAGCGUUCUGAAAGCAUGAAUGCUUCCUUUGACAAAUACAUACAUAAAAAAAUUACUUUGAAGGAGUUUGUGAAACAAUAUGGGGCUAUUCUACAAAAUAGGUAUGAAGAGGAAGAAAUUGCAGAUUUUGAUACAUUGCACAAGCAGCCUGCUUUAAAAUCUCCUUCGCCUUGGGAGAAACAAAUGUCAACAGUUUACACACAUGCUGUAUUUAAGAAAUUUCAAGUUGAGGUUUUGGGAGUAGUUGGCUGUCAGCCAAAAAAGGAAAGGGAAGAUGGACCAACUAGCAUAUUUAGAGUUCAAGACUGUGAAAAGGACGAUUACUUUUUCGUGGCAUGGAAUGAGAUAAAUUCAGAGGUUUCUUGUUCCUGUCAUUUGUUUGAAUACAAAGGUUUCCUUUGUAGACAUGCGCUAAUUGUCCUGCAAAUUUGUGGCCUCUCAAGCAUCCCAGAUCACUAUAUUCUGAAGAGGUGGACGAAAGAUGCAAAAGGUAGGCAAUCAACAGCUGAAGGAACGGAAAGAACAAAGACUAGGGUGCAACGCUACAAUGAGUUAUGCAAGUGGGCCAUUGAACUGAGUGAAGAAGGAUCGGUAUCUGAAGAAACUUACAAUAUUGCUUUCCGUGUGUUAGUAGAAGCUCUGAAGAACUGUGUGAAUGUGAAUAAUUCCAUCAGUAAUGCUGCAGAAACUAGCAGCAAUUUUCUUUCUAUUUGCGAGACAGCAGAAGAGAAUCAAGGAAGCCUUGUGGCUAAGACAGUUAGGAAGAAGAAUACCAAUAGGAAAAGAAAGGUACAAGCAGAGCCAGAGGCUAUGCUAGUUGAGGCGCAAGACAGUUUGCAGCAAAUGGAUAACCUGAGCUCUGACAGUAUACCCCUUAAUGGAUUUUAUGGUGCCCAGCAGAAUGUUCAAGGACUGCUGCAGUUAAACUUAAUGGAGCCUCCCCACGACAGUUACUAUGUUAACCCACAAAGUAUACAAGGGCUGGGACAACUGAAUUCAAUGGCUCCUGGACAUGAUGGUUAUUUUGGUACUCAACAAAGUAUUCAUGGGCUGGCUCAACUGGAUUUUCGACAACAACCUAGCUUCAGUUAUGGCUUGCAAGAUGAGUCACGCUUAAGAUCCGCACACUUGCAUGGUAGCGGUUCUAGACAUGCGUGAGGAAUAACUAAGUCGUUGCUUUUCAUGGUAGCUGUAAUGAUACUUGUACGUUGGAGUUGGUAACAUUUUUCCAAAGACUGAUUUGCUGAUCAGUAAAGUGAUCCAGCAAGGCACCUUUCUUUCUGAAUGAAGAUAGAUGACUUCCUGUUUAUUGUAUAGAAAGUGAUCUGCAGAAGUUUAACGGAGACCAUAGAAGAGACAAAAAAUCGACGUGCCAUAUUCUGCCUUGCAGCUUAGUGAUGGCGGCAGUACAACCUUUGUGGAAGCGUAGUUUGAAUGAAACAGAGUACUUCUAACUUCUAACUUUAAGUAUCAAAUCUUGGCUAUGCAAUUAGGUAGUUGAGAUAAACGUGUCAAGGAGGAGAGGAAUUUUGAUAGUCGUUUUCACUGUCGGAAUAGGAAAAAAAAAUUGCUUCGGAGAGGGGCCGUCCAUACCAGCAUGUUCUUUCCUUGCACGUUUUGGUUCUUAAUUUUGUAACAUAAUCCAUUGUAUUGUCAGGUUAGAAGAUGGAUCUUUUUAGUGUCAAUAAUCCAUGUUCUAGUAUUGUAAAUAUUGUCAGCAAAUUUAUUGUAAAUAUUGUUGACUACAUGGAAGUAGCCCGCUCUUUGCAAGGUUGCCAUCUUCUCUUCCUUGAUCUCUCCUUUCUGGCGGCAGCGCC